CGGCUGCGCAUCCACCUCUUACGUCGCUACGUCGUUACAUCGAAAUACACCACAUUCCUAGAAAUAGCACAAUAACGGAUUCUGAUUAUGUCACAGAAAGACCUCUCGUCUGAAGACCAGGAUGAUCUUCCUGUGGCUUGUAAAGUAGCACUCUCUGAGCUACUGCGAGACGAAUCUGAAGCGGCGCGAUUGAUAGGGGCAGUGCGCGGGUGCUCAACCACUCUGGACGAUCUGAAUUACACCAAUUCCAUGGCACGCCAAGGGUUGAACACAGUACUGGCUAAGCUACAGGAUGUGAAGCACGUGGCCAAUAACCAGGACCAGGAGCGUCACAGGGCAAUCAUGCUGGCCCGAGCGGGCCGCACCCAGAGACAUGUUACAAGCAUGAACCGAUCACUGCGAGAGGUUGCUAUGGAAGCCAAAAAACGGAUUGAUCAGAGACAGAAGGCUGAUCGAGAACGCCUACUCAACGGCAGCAUAAUGCAGAAGUCCAGCGGCAAAUCUCUAAUCGGCACUUCAAUGCAGGCCUCUGCGUCCAUGCGGGAUGCUAGUAAGGUCAUGGCUGAGCUUAUCCAGGAGAGCCUGGCCGCUAAGCGCAAACUAGCCGAAUCAUCUAAUGUGAUCACCAAAACCAAAGAAGAGAUGAAAAUGCUGGAUGGCGAAUUGGACAAUAGUAGGCACGUCAUCACUAAACUGCAGAGACGCGAGUUCAUAAACAACGCUUUGAUCAUAUUGGGGUUGUCAUUCUUUGCCCUGACUGUGGCAUACAUCUUGAAGAAGCGAUUAGUGCCGUCGCUGCCCUUGUUUAGUCCGUUGUGGACCAUUUUGUCCUGGAUCUGGGGCAUGCUAUUCAGCUCGGGUGAGGGUGCAGGAGAAUAGGAGCUUUGAAUGAACAUAAUCUGAU